AAAAUUCUCGCAAUGAAAGUGUCAAGAACGCUAACCGUUGUAGGUUCCCUAGUUAUUAUACUUGGCCUUAUAUUAACAUACAACUGGAUGACAAAUCGUAGGCCUUCCCAAGCCAUAGCCAAAAAACAUAUAAGCCCGAAACAUCAGCCGAAGAAAGCACAUCCUCUUCCAAAAAAACCAAUUCAAAAAAAAGCAAACAAACCCAAAAAAACAGUGAAGCAUCAAAAGGUGAAAAAGCAACACAAGCCGCUGGCCCAUAAACCCAAAUUUAAAACGAAAAAGGGGGAUAAGGUUCCUGCAAUUCCCCUGCUGGAUAUUCUUAAGGCAAAAAAUCAGCCGAGACGUGGGCAAAGUAUAUUCUUUCAUGAAACCACUAAUUUCCGGAGGGACGAGAAGGUCCGAUUGGUCCAAUUGACGGCCCGCGAGGCAUGUGCCAUUGAGUCGGCCGCCCUUUAUAACCCACGCUUCACUGUAUUUGUGCUCUUCGCAGGUGCCACUCAUCGCCUACCAAGUGGUGAUCCGCUGAUCAAGGCUUUAAGUCAAUAUAGGAACAUAAGACUGAGGCAUCUGAAUGUGGGGCGGUUUGCAGCCGGCACUCCCAUUGAAAAGUGGCUGAAAAAUGGAAAACUGUUCAAAUCAAAAUAUCUAUUUCCGCAUGUCUCCGAUCUUCUGCGCUACGUUACCCUAUACAAAUAUGGUGGUUUGUACCUGGAUCUCGAUGUGGUGGUUCAGCAAAGCCUGGAGGAGAUGCCACCGAAUUUCACGGGGGCUGAGAGUAAUAAAUCCUUGGCCUGCGGCGUCAUGAAAAUGUCCUCCACCGGUUUGGGCCAUAAGAUUGCCAGCUUGUGCCUGCGGGAUCUGCAGGCCAACUACGAUGCCAAUAAAUGGGGCAGCAAUGGGCCCGGGGUCAUAACCAGAGUGGCUAAAAAGCUGUGCAACACCGAUACAGUCACGACAAUGAUCAAUAACCCAAAACGCUGCAAGGGCUUUAAGGUUUUCGACCCAAAAGCCUUUUAUACCAUUCCCUGGCUGCAAUGGAAGGAUUUCUUUCAACCCAAUAGACUAAAUUUAACCAUGAAAAGAAUUUCCAAGUCUCCGGUCAUUCAUGUUUGGAACAAGUUCUCACGCGGCUGGAAACUAAAAACGAAGGACAUUUGUGCCUACACCAAAUUGGCCAAAACACACUGCCCAAAGUCAUUUGGGGCAGCGGGAACCUAUUUCUAGAUCAACUUUGUUUAGUUCUUAGUUUUUUUUGGUAAAAAAUUAGUUCGUUAGAAAAAAAUAUAUUUAUAAAUAUUAAUGAAGUUUACAUGAACACGUUGUACUAAAUCUACAUAAGAAACCCCACUAAUUUAACAUUCAUACAAUUUUAGAGAGACAUAAAUAUUACCUUUUAUAGAUAAAUCAUUUUUUGAUGUUUUUAAAAAUGAUUUAUUUACAUAGCAACCAAUUCAAAGAACUACUAACCAAAAAAAAUGUAUAUGUUGAUACUGAAACUUUGUUUUGUUUAUAAACAAAGAACAGAUAACACCUUCUGAUAUUAAUUUAAGGUAAUUUCACGAAACAUUUAAAGAAUAAGCAAACCAAAAGCAUAAGUAAUUAUCCUAAAUAUCUGACAGCUUAUUAAAAAUACAAUACAUUCAAAUAAAAAUUAAACCAAGUGUACAGACAGACAAAGUUUCCGACCAAGCCUGCUUAAAAUGUAAUAAAACGAAUUAUAAAAUGAUUUCAGAAACAAACUAAUUGUCCCUUGAAAUAUUCAUGAUAAAUUCCGAGAACCAUUGAAAUUUAUAACCGUAUCUUCGUUGUCGUGGCGCAAUGAACAACUAAUUAAUUGUUACCGAAUAAAGUAGAAGUAAAUAGCCAAAAGCAAUUUUAGCCUGGGCAUUAUUAACAUUUUUGAGGAUAUCUCCUGGCGCUUUCAAGUUUUGAAUAAAUAUUUUCGCAACAAUAAAUAUGA